AUGGUGUUAACAAUAUACAGAGGAAGUUUUUUUUAUCAUUGUACAGUCUCUCAAACAGAAUAUCCCAAUUGCAGCUGUCAAACGCUUUUUCAGCAUCUAGGGAACAGAGAUAGACAGACAACAAUUUGGAAUCUAAUUUAUAUAACAACUGUUCUUGAUCAUUUAGCACCCAUUCGAAAAAAUUCAGGGCGAAUUGGUAAACACGAUGAUCAAUGGUUAUCUUCAGAUGCCAAGAAUAAAAAAAUCAGGCGUCUUAAACUGGAACGUUGUUAUAGAAAAACUGGUAGUUUAUCAGAUAAAAAAUUAUAUCGAACUGCAUGCCGUGAGGCUGCAGCAGCAAUUCACGAAUCCAGAUGUAGUCAUUAUAGGGCGAAACUAAAUUCAGCAUACGGUGAUCAAAAAGAAACAUGGAACAUUGCCAAGAAAUUACUACAUUCGAAUAGUUCUAAAACUAAUAACACAAUACCAGAAGCAAAAUGCGAUAUAGUAAGUCAAUAUUUCAUACGCAAACUCGAAAUUAUAAAGAACACUAUCCAGGAAAGACUUGCAAAAACUCCAAUAUCUAAAUUUAUCUCAGAGUUAUCUCCCCCUGUAGAUAUUUUAACAACAUUUGGUACAGUCACACCUAAAGAUGUCAGAUGUGAAAUCGUUGUCGUUUUCAAAUCUUGGAUCCUUCAAUCUUGUUCAGAAAUAUUCAGUCCAAUUAUAGCUCACCUUGCUGACCUCUCAUUCAAAUCCGGAAUUUUCCCAACCUCAUAUAAAGUUGCUCAAAUAACUCCAAUUCCCAAAAAAUCAGGACUAGCAGAAUUUGAUCUAACAAAUCUAUGCCCCAUAUCAAAUCUCAAUACAAUUUCGAAAAUUCUUGAAAAGCUUGCUUUAUCUCGUCUUCAUCCACAUGUAACAUCAUCUGUCAACUUCAAUCCUCUACAAUCUGGUUUUAGAUCUUAUCACUCAACCGAAACAGCACUCUUAAACAUAUGCAACGACAUCCUGCUAAACAUUGAUGAUGGUUUGACCACUAUUCUACUAUCUCUGGACAUAUCUUCAGCAUUUGAUACAAUCGAUCACAGCCUGCUGAUUACCUGUAUUAAGAAUAAUUUUGGUGUCACAGAUAUUGCAUUAAAAUGGCUAACAUCAUAUUUGCACUCUCUAAAAUCUUUUGUUUCUAUUGGAUCAUCAAAUUCUAGACUAAUAGCAAGUUCAACAGGAGUACCUAAGGGUAGUGUAUUAAGCCCAUUUCUAUUUUCCAUGUUUGUUUCACCUAUAUAUCGUAUUAUAGCUAAAUUUGGUACAAAUCAUCAUCAAUAUGCUGACGAUACCCAACUUUAUACUUUCCUCAGCCCUGGCAAAGAUAGCAUCAACAAAAUCACUGUGUGUGCUAAUGCAGUAACAACAUGGUUUCUAGAAAAUGGACUUCUGCUUAAUCCAAAUAAAACAGAAGCUAAUUUAUUUGGAUCUAGAAAACAAACUAGCAAAUAUAAAAAUGAUUUGAAUAUUGCGUUUUCUGGAACCACGAUAACUACAAUAAAUUCAGUGAAAAUCCUUCGAGUCAUCCUAGAUUCAAAGCUCUCAUGGACAAGCACAUAA